UUAAAUUUGCAGCUUCAUGCCCCCGACCCUGCUGAACGUCAACUUUUUUCCAAAUCAUAUUUUCCAGCCGAACAGGGGGCCCUCCCGAAUAGCUUACUGAAACCUUUUAUGUUUUUGUAAGACGAUUUCAAAUGUAGUGGUUAAUCUCGAUGUAAAAUGUGCACAGUUUACUGAGCAGAUGGGCCUGUUAAAACAAUCAACUGUGGCUCUUGAAAAUAAAGCGUAAAAUUUGGGAACCUUUUAAAAUAUAGUUUCACGUAAUCAAUGCCAUAAUCUAGAGAUAAGUGCCGCAUAUGCAAACAGGUGUAUCCCAAUAAAUUCGACGGUUUAGCCCCUGCUAAAUUUACCUGCUCGUAAUUUUUCGCAAAAGGUAGUUGUGAUUUUUGGUAUUCGCAAUCUUAUCCAACAGAUAUAACACAGGGUGUAGCAUCCGGAGUGCAAGGACCGUCUCUCUCCUUUUUCUAAGAUGUUGAUCAUACCAGGUGGUGUGCACGAAUUCACUAAGCAAGAAACGAUACCCUUUCUCUAACAGAUUUCAUCUAGGGAUUUACUUUCGUUCCCACUUGCAAAAUAAAUAUUGUUAUAAACAUAGGAAUGGGGCUGGAUGGGUAAUUUUCCCCUUAGAAAUAUUCCUUGCAAGAAACACAUUGUAUCCCUUAAUAAAAACACGUACGCUACGGUAUGACCAGGGAAAGUCCCUGGAGUCUAAUGCUGAUUUCAGCUUUUUGGAAGAAAACUUUCUAUAUUGCUUGAGGAGGGUAUCGGCACUUCUGUCACGAGAUUCUCCCAGAAGCUUCUUUCUCGAAUUCAUGGAUUUUGUACUGAUGUUGUAGCUUGGUAUUGUAGCUGUAUGUGAAGAGAACUGUGUGAUUGUCGCGGUUUAGUUGAAAACCAGCUUCAGACCCCAGUAAACAGACCCCAGCUUCAGACCCCAGUGAUCGACUUGUUAUCCACCCCGUGUACUUUUUAAAUGUCGAAAAAUCAACCACAUUGCAGUUUUUUUUCCAUCUAACAUGAAGUGUUUUCAAGAAUUUGAGCGACUGGAAUUCCUGCUAAUCUCUACCGUUAAUUGCCAGGGAUUUUUCUGUCUCAGACAUUUCCUUCCCCGGUGAUUUCAGUUCUGAUAGGUGUCUAAGCUGCUUCUUAAUUUACAAGAACGGGGGUGUGUUGCACGUGAUCGAUGUUUCCUUAUGGGUGUAUAACGGUCAAUACGCAUUCAUCAUUGUCAGCAAUUGCAUAUCAGCUGUUUCCCAGAACCCCAGCUGAGGAGCAUUAGAGGCUUUUACUGUAUGUCGAAAUGCGGUUACUUAAGUACAUUGCAAAUAUUAAGUUCACUUUGAAAAAUUGCUACAAUGCGUCUACAUAAAAGCGAGUUUAACGACAAAGCUUUUUCUGCAAUCCAACUUUGCUGUUACGCUAUUCCUCUCCUAUUGUUUAAAACAUCAGCUUUUAUCUGCGAUCAUCAAUGUCUGUUACAACAAACUUAAUGUCCAUAACGUGGUUAGUUUUGUAUUGGUUGCUUUAAGCUUAAAUGUAAAGAUUUUAAGGUUUAAAUCGCAGUGAGUUCGUCUUGCAUGAAUUUUGCAUAAAUUGAUUUAGAACCUAAUUUGUUGGUGGGAAAUCAAACGUUGGGCAGGUACAGUUUGACUGUCCAGCUUGCAUAAAUUUUGCAUAAAUUUUAGAUAGAGAAAAGUCUGUUGUUGGUACGUUUAGGUUUGGCAGGCUUGAUCGGGAUAAGUGCUUCGGCCAGGAUAUACGCAACGAAGAAGCACGACGUCACGAUGUCGUCCAAAUGGAGGAAGCUGAAAAUUCUGACCAUGGCUGUACGUAAACCGAAGGAAGGUGGUGGGUUGGAGAAGCAUGAUAAAGUAUCUGAUAUGGGGUACGGUCGGCUCGAAACCUACACAAAGUUGGACAAACUUGGCGAGGGAACUUAUGCGACUGUUUUCAAAGGAAAAAGCAGACUUACUGAUACGAUUGUUGCUUUGAAAGAAAUUCGUUUGGAACAUGAAGAGGGUGCCCCUUGCACUGCGAUUCGCGAAGUGUCUUUGCUGAAGGAUUUGAAACACGCAAAUAUCGUGACAUUACAUGAUAUCGUUCAUACACCCAAGUCAAUGAUGCUAGUCUUCGAAUAUCUCGAUAGGGAUCUAAAGUCCUACAUGGAUGAAUCCAAUGGAAUUCUGAAUUUGUCAAAUGUCAAGCUUUUCCUCUUUCAAUUACUACGCGGAUUGAACUACUGCCACAAGCGGAAGGUCCUACACAGGGAUUUAAAGCCACAGAACCUUCUUAUAAAUCAGAAAGGAGAGCUGAAAUUAGCAGAUUUUGGCCUUGCAAGGGCGAAAUCUGUGCCAACAAAAACUUAUUCAAAUGAAGUUGUGACUUUGUGGUAUCGCCCACCAGAUGUCCUUCUUGGUUCUACUGAAUAUGAUGCAUCAAUCGACAUGUGGGGAGUUGGAUGUAUAUUUUACGAAAUGGUCAGCGGUAGGCCGAUGUUCCCAGGCUCAACCGCAGAGAAUGAACUUAUUCUGAUAUUUAAGAUGCUGGGAACCCCGAAUGAGGCUAGUUGGCCGGGAGUUACAAGCAAUCCGGAUUUCGUUAAUGGUCAUUUUCCGAUUUACAGACCGGAGCAAUUGCACAAUUACAUCCCAAGAAUGGACAAUGAGGGUCUAGAUUUGUUAAAGCAAUUCAUAGUGUAUGAACCAAGUAUGAGGGCGUCAGCCUGUGAAGCAAUGCUACAUAGAUACUUUACUUCACUUGGGCCUAAAAUCCACGUUCUUUCCGACACUGCAUCAAUUCUGUCUGCUACGGACAUUCGAUUGCAGCGUGAUCCUGGCUAUAGAACAAGCACGUCUUCUGCUAAAGGAAAAGGUCCACCAAGGCGGCGACUUAGUGUUAUCUUUUAGUUAAAAAAGAAAAAAACACGAUUUCAUUAAACGAAUGCGGUUUGUAUUAUACAUAUGUAUAUCCGUAGAAUCGACCUUUAAGAAUCGAACUAAUUCAUUAUAGGUUGUAAAUAUUUACAUUUCACUUAAAUUUGAUUAGAGCUCUAAUUUCUUUUAUUUAGUACUGAUCUUACCCAUGAUCGUUAAUUUACGUCAGCUCAGCCACUGCGAAGCCACAUCUCGUUUACAAUAACCAUGGUUUUGACUUCGAGGCCGUGUAGUUUGUCUCAACCAGAUACUUGGCUACUCAGUGCAUAAGAAUAUCUAUGUUUGAGGUGGCAAGUUUUCUUCAGACAAAGUAAAAGGAAACUCCUAGCCACCCAAAAGAAAGGAGAGUUUUUGAUAGCAUGUUUCGUCGUGGGCCGUCCAAAUUUAUAGAGAUCUCUGCAUCUUGACAACUUCAUACCUUAUACCUGACAUGUUGUCGUUUGUAGCCUUGUCCGGAGACAGAAGGAGGAAUAUAUCUUUUCAGGUGUAUCUCAAAAGGCUUCGUGGUGGCAACGUCUUUGGCGUGCCCUUUCUUAACGGGGCUCUUUUAUUCAUCCAAAAGUCUUGGAAAUCUCGAAAAUUUAUUUACAUUUUUAUUGUAAGUUUUUUAUUUCUGCAAGUGUCAACGUAGAGUCUGUUAGAAAUUUUCAUCGGUCGAAGAUUUUUUUAUGAUAAGAAUCGUUCCUUUACAUGUAGCGGUAUUUCAAAAUCAUUUCAUCCUCGGUGCCUCGUGAUUUCCGUACACUGCCUUUUUCACAGUGGCCAGAAUAUAAAAGUGGUCUGGAUUUUAUUGAAACACUGUUCACUUGAAUCCUGUUUUAUGGCCCAGGUUUUUCUCAGGUUCCAGCAACUGUUUCUCAUAGGAGUCCAGUUCAGCUCAUGUUAGGUAAAAUACCCCUUAAUUUAAUAUCCAACAGAUAUAAUUUAUAUUUUGUUGCUUGUGUUGAACCGCCCCGAUGUGCUAUUCACUUAAGUCUUUCUUAUAGUCUUGCUUAACAUUGACUGUGAGAAUUUUUUGGCUAAGCCAAGUUAGUCAACUUGCUCCUUUUUCAGAUCUGUUGACUCAGAUCAUUUUAAGCGAAUGACAAUUUGAAGUUUGUUAAGAAUUGUAUGUGCUUGCAUCUCUUUUUUAGUGUCGUGUCUUAAUUUGUUAGUAUUUGCCACUUUAUAACGUUUGAAUGGAUUCCAGUAGCCCUCAGUCCCUAUGUUGAGUCUUGUUGUUGUUUAAAGAUACUAUUAGGAGACACUGCAAGUUUAAAAUAUAUUGCCACAAGAAUGUUACUCGCGUCCUGCGGGAGGCAACGCGUCUUUUACGUCUAGCCUGCAUCUUGUAUGAAUCUGGCAUGAAUCUUCAAUAGGUCAUCUUGAUAUAGUUGCUUUAAAGCAGCUGACACAAAGAUCAUGGACUGACUCUACUUAUUUCCCGUGAUAUUUCCAAAUUUUAGUUUUAGUUUGAAUUUUUUAUUCCAUGCUCUUGCCAAUCAGAUUGUACAUUCUGCGAUACGCAAAAUCAUACUUGAUGUAGGACAGUCAUUUUAAGAGGGCCUAUUAGUAGUAUUGUGACCCGAAGAACCCGAAGAACCAAAGCACGGUUCAAGUGUCAGGAUGUCGUUUAUAUGCACGCCAUUAUUGUACAAUUUACCAUAUUGUAGAUGCAAUCAUGUCACUUUACUCGCUUCGAUGCCCAUUCCUUGUCCAGUGUUAGGUAUAACGAGAAUUUUCUAGAAGAUUCUCUAUCUAGCAGAUUUUAUGUCUACGUAAGACAAAACAUCAGUUGCGAAGCGUUGUGUUUAUAUUUCAUCUAAAACUUAAGUGGUUGCCAUUAAAUUGAUCAACAUGA